GCAAGGAAGUUGGGUGGGAACAACUCGUCCAGCGAGCUCUGGCGGUCAAUACGGAUCACUCGUUUCAUGAAGCGCAGCUUCUUGCCGCGCGGACCAGCACGAUCCUUAUCAAUUUCGACAUCGACGUAGUCCCAUUCAUUGUCGGUCAGUGCAAAGCCAUAGUCGAGCAUCAGCUGGAAGUUGGAUCGACGGCCGUAUGAGUUGAACACCUCUGCACCUUUCACGAAGCUCGUGGCGGCCGACGGAUACAGCCGAAACAGUCCAUUGUCGUUCACGUCAAAGUCAUACUUAGUGGAGACAUUAUUGUGGUUGAGGCAGUCUGCGAACGGUACGAGAGCUGUCCAGGGCAGUCUCCGCCCAAAUGUCCUUGCUUGGAUCGUCUUCCAUGCAAACUUAAACUUGUCGAAGGUGUAGAGCGUCUCUGGGAACUCGCCCGGGUAUUUUUCCUGCAGCCUCGUGAGCACCCGUCGGUAGUAUAUACUAACCUCGGAUGAGCGUCGUGCCGCUGCGUCUACGAGUCGCUCGUCGUACAGUUCAUGGAGCUCGUCAUGCGUCCAGUCCUGCACGCUUUCGGGGUACGGCAGGAUGGACAGGUAUGGAUGAAAGAAGGAGCUUUCUUUUAACAGAAGCUCGCGUACAAUGAAGAGCACCAUAACGGGAUCGUCACGCGUAAAGACGUCGCGGUUGUCCCUGAACACGGGGCCAAGCUGAGGGUCUUGCCAGCACAAUUCCUCCGAAAUGAGCAGUCGCCGAGGGAUGCAGAGCAUAGGUUCACCUGUAGUGAUGGUCUCGGUGGCCACCGCGCCACGCAGUCCAUUGGGCGUUGUCACCGGCCACUCUAACUUCGGGAACGUCGCGCCGUUGUCCCGUAGCCACUGCAGGAAGCGCAGCUCAGCCGAUGCCAUCGCUUUAUGACGCUUCAAGUUGCUGCGUUCAAACCCUUUCCUUAAAACCUAGUUGUCCCCGAAAUUAAAUGUCCCCGAAAUUAAACCCUACUUCAGGAAUUGCGCGCAAAAUGACGUCUUUAUUCAAGGAACUGCGUUUCUACCUGGCGCCGAAGCUCUCGGACGCGGAUAAGGCAGAUCUAGAGAAGGCCAUCGUACAGAAUGGGGGUGUCAUUUCAGAUACCCCCGCGGACGCCACGCAGCUUGUGGACUACGAUACACUGGACGUGCGCCACCCGGAGCGGAUCGCCACGGACUUCAUUAAAGAAUCGGUGGCCUCCCGGGCGCUGCAGGACCCGGAAAAGUACUCCGGCAAGAUCUUUACGUUGCACCAAGAGAAAAGGAGGGGAAAGAGGCGCGGUAGAAUUCCCUACUCGCUGGAGGACGACGCACGGAUGCUGCACUUCGCCAAGUCGAGGGAUUGGAAGUCCAUGAGCUCCAUCCCUGUGAGUGUCUGGAAGCUGGCGGAGAGCGAACGAGUGACGCUUCACCCCGCCCUCAGCAUGCAUGAACAUUUCAGGAAGCAGUUGCAGCGCAAGACGCCCAUCGAGCAGCGGAUCAUCAUGUCCAAGGCUGCGGCGAUGAUACGAGCGCGGUUGCUGGAGCAAGAGGCCGAGGGAGAAGAAGAACGACAGGAGAUGCUUAGCUCGACAGGUUUCAGAGAUGCAGCAACGCCCGAAUCAACGACUUCAACGCAGUCGCGGGGGUCCCAGCGGACUCCGAUCUCUGCUAGUCGUCAGAUUGCUACCACUUCAGAGCCGAACACAAUUGAGUCUGGAUUAAAGGAGAUCGAGGAGGAGAAAUACAGUGAUAGGAUACGCCACAACCAGCCAGCUCCAUCACAGGAUACUCCAACCCAAUUAACUCCUGCGACGCCAAGAGAUCAGAGCACGGGACACAAGCGUAAGCGAAGCAGCGUCGCUGCUGCCAGCCAGGAAUCUCGCCAGGACACCGGGGAGAGCGAUGUUGAGAACAAGCGUGGCGGAGAGUACGGAAUUUACUUCCGCUGCGCUUGGACUGAACUUGUGCAAGACCAACAAAAGAGGCGGAUGCUUCAGCGGUUUUUCGAGCCAAGUCCGGCCCCUGCUCCUCAACAACGAGCAAGUAGCACCGACUCUGUCGUCAGUGACCAGGACACCGCCACUGUUGUCUUUGAGGAUGGAAAUAGCAGCGAAAAUGGUAGCGAGCCGCUGCAAACUAGCGCUGUGCAGAUAGAGUUUGCUACGGACGAGAUAACCGACCACUUGAUCGUCCAGUUACAGAUCGACACUCAGGCAAACGUGCCGUCCGUGAUGCACGCUUUGUACUGUUGCAGCGGUGAUGUGGAUUUGGCUAGAGCCUUCUUGAAAGGGGCUUCAGUGCCCGAUCUAUGGUCCCCUGAAGAUGAUUUACUACUGGUAACUCUGGUGGCUCAGGAGAAUAUCGAUCGCAGCGAAGUUGCUGCGGCUGUGGCUCGUGGCGACUUCGAUUCUAUGCAAGUGGCUCGCGAUGCGGGGGCAAUUUGGAAACGAGUUCAGUUUUUGCGAUAAUAUUCUCGCUAAAAUAUGGUACAUGUCUUGCUCAAAGCGCAGUGCGGUUCCUCUCCGUUGUAUUUACCCCGUUCGACGAGGUGACGUUGGGAUUUCGUCCUUCCAGCCACUGGUAAAGCCAUUCGUGUGUGGUCAGCCCCCGGAACGCGAUGUACAGGUGGAAAAUGCCGAGCAUUGCAAGGAAGAAAAGCUCUAGCAGUGGCAGGAUCGUGAGUACGCACAGCAUCACAGCGCGAUCGUUCUUGUCGUCUUGCCCCGACGUAAGUAAACACGAGACGGCGUAACCCGUAACGAUCUGCUGAGUGAAUAGCAAGAGAGUCGAACAUGACAGCAAACCGACGAACAACGGGUAGUUGCGCGUGCCAAUGCAUGUGUUUAGGUACACGCAGUGGUGGUCGUAGCCCGGGAUACACUUGUUGCAUCGGCUGCAAUGUCUCGUGUCGGUGGUGAAUGUCAUGUGACCGCAGUCUCGGCAUUUCACGAGCACUGACUGCGAUGACAAGAGCUCAGAAGCUUUGACAUCGGAUGCAGUAGUAUUGGCAACUGUGAUUGCCAUCGUGACUUGGGCAGUGUCAAUUUUACCGCUCGACUGCGAUGAAUGCAUUUCUUGGUGUCUCGGUUGUCCCGGGUCGAAGCGUGAAAUCUGCACAGUGACACACAAGCAGUCAGUUAAUGAAGCAGCCGAAUCCACCAUUAAAGUUUUCGUACAAUGACAAACAGUAGAGCGGUGAUGGCGAACUGUACGCUGUAUAGCGGGAUUACG